AUGUUUCUUCGACGUCUUGCACAACAACUUAUUGAAGACAAAGAUAGUGACGAGAACCUUCGAUCUGCAGCGUGGAAGCGUGCUGAUUCAGUAUGUUCACCUAGUUGUCAAAACGGUGGCAAGUGUACUGCUCCAAAUACAUGUACCUGUGUAAAUGGAUGGACUGGUGCAACAUGUGAAGCAUGUAUGUAGUUAUUCUUGUUGAAGCACCUCUUUAAUUGAAAAAAGACUUUGAUUACAAUUCUCUGACACUCAGUGAUUAAUGAUGAUUUUUAUUUGUGCACCUAGAUGCCAUACACAGUCGUCUUGCAGCUGUCUAUUCAUCGGACUGUGUAGGAUCUUUCGAAGUUCGAAACGAUGUAAUCAGUGAGAGUAGAGAGAAUUCUUCGAAAUUAUUGCAUUUGAUAGUACGCUCUACGAAAGUAUGUAUG